AUGUCUGCCGCAAAAAGCACCGGAGUUGAUACAUCCAAGAUCGGGAUUGUUAAGAACAUACCUUCAGCACCCCGUUCAGACGUGCUACCGUACUCUAUUGUUUGUAUCGAACAUCCGUGCAUCAUUAAAGACUUCGACAAAGGUAUCAAAUCCCUUGGUGGUCAGGUAGCUCUCGAGCGGUUUCUCGAUACUGCAUCGCCAAAGGCAGAACAUGAAGCCAGGGAGCAAGAAGCUAAAGAAAAGCAAGAAGCCAAGGAGAAGAAUGGAGACAUAUCAAAGUCAAGAGACAAGGAGAAGGUACAGCACAUGCAUAAGGCUGCGCCUAUCAAGAGAGACAAAAGGACCAUCGGUGUGUCUCUUCGCCCAGACGACUCAAUGGCCAAGAAGAUAACGUCUCGAAUUGUUAACACGAAUAACGUGUUAAUCAAAGUCACCGUCCCCAAACGCACAGGCCGUAAGCGAAAACGAGGGAGCUUAGAGGCGUUUUCUGGGGAUGUCGAAGUCAGUUCUGAUGCCACUAAGGCCGCCGUAAUGUCUGAUCCGAAAGUUAUGAUCAAAAGUCUUCGUGAUAACCCACAGAAAUAUAAUUUCAGGGUCCUUGGUGUCAUUCAAGACACUCAUAGAUUCAGAAGUCUCCCUGACGCACAAUAUGCCACGACUGCUAGCAGUUUCACCAGAGAGUUCCGCAAUACUAUGAUGUCUCUGGAUUAUUCCAAACUCAAAAACUUCAGACUCAAUCCAGCUCUAGCUCUAUAUAGUCCUGAUAAUGACGCCGGUCCACCAGCAGAAUUUUUCCGCAUCGAUGUUCCAUUCAAUUACUCGUACCUUCAAAAUCCUUUGACCUAUUUUGCCCCAGUUUCGAAAGGCGGCCCCCUAAGAGCAUUCAAUUCAAAUCAGUUUCGUAAGCCGCAGAUAGCCAGGAUCGAGUGGGACGCCGAAAAUGUCCCAGAUGCCCCGAUCGGUAUGCAACCAGAAGAGAAACAGUCUCUCCCUGUGCGGCAAUUGAUCAAGGAGCUUCGCGCUUAUUUCGCGAAACGGCCAAUCAACACUACCCGCGUAUUGCGUAUCGAUUUCAGCUCUUCUCGCCAGAACAAGUUUCACGUAGCCUUGCCCUACAUCGGAUAUAGCUUCAAAAUGGGUCCAUGGAAAAAUUGCAUCAUCAGACGUGGGGUCGAUCCACGAAAAAAUCCAAAAUAUCGUUCAUAUCAGACGAUUGGAUUUCAGCUGAAUUCGGACCUGCCAGAAAUGACAUCCCUAUCUCAACUUCGAAACACAGCUACCUCUGUGAUGUUUGAAAGUCAGCAAAGAAGUCCAAUAUAUACAUUCGAUGGCGAACGCUUCACUUCUGAGCAUUGCGUGUGGCAGAUAUGCGAUAUAACGGAUACUCAGCUGCAACAAGUCUUUUCGACGACAGACCUCAGAUCCACGUGUGAUAACCAAAAAACCGGAUGGUAUCAUAUGGGCACAAUCGGAAAAGCAAAAAUUAUCAUGCGCGACAAGAUGUUGGCUUUGCGCAACGGUGUUCCUUUGGAUCCGAUUCUAUAUGAAAGAAUCAUUGGAUUUCCAGACCAUAUCACCGAUGAGAAUAUCGACAAGACUAGGAUUCCGCCAGGGGAUGUCUACAAUGAGACAGAGGCUCGCCUGCUUGGUGAUUUUAGGACCAUCGUUUCACAAUCCAGGAAAUUGCGUACUAACCUGAAAGAGCUUUUCGCAGCAAAUGAUGCCAGCGCGAAUAUCAUCGGGACUGGAGAUGAAGAUGAUGUUCGUAUCAAGGAUGAAGAAGAAGCCAUCAACCUGUUUGAGUACAACGAAGAGGACGAAGAGGACGACGGGGAUGAAGACGGUCCAUAUGAGGAGGCAGAGAUGGCAAAUGAGGAUGACGAAAGUGACGAAGAGGAUGGUCACAUGGAUAUCGACUGAUAUAGUCAUCGUCGUUACUUGCGCACGCCGUUGUAACACAUGAUAGU